AUUGCUCAUUCGCCCACCUAUUCUUGAGAAAAAAACAAGGCCCAGCAAACGUAUUAGUACACACGAAUUCCAUUAUAUAUUUAGUUUAAAAAUAACUAAAUUUUAUAUAAAUUCCAGGGAAAAAAUAUUUCUAUCUUACAACUCUUUGUGGUGUUUAGGAAACUGAAAAUUGAUUUAAAGGUAAUAAAAAUAUAUACACAGGUGUAUUUGCCACAAUAGGGCCAAGUUGAAAGUGAGGCAGCAACUCGGAAAAAGAAGCAGAAGUAAAGGGAGAUAACGACGAACUACCGGAGCAGCCAAAAUGUCGGACGUACAAAUGGACAGUGCGCUUGAUCUGAUGCGCCGCCUGCCACCACAACAAAUCGAAAAGAAUCUCAUCGAUUUGAUUGAUUUGGCGCCAGAACUUUGCGAAGAUUUGCUCUCAUCUGUGGAUCAGCCAUUGAAAAUUGCUAAAGAUAAAGAGCAUAACAAAGAUUACCUGCUAUGCGAUUAUAACCGUGAUGGUGAUUCAUAUCGCUCGCCAUGGUCAAAUACCUAUUACCCGCCACUGGAGGAUGGUCAAAUGCCAUCAGAUCGAUUACGUAAAUUAGAAAUCGACGCUAACUAUGCCUUUGAUCAAUAUCGUGAAAUGUACUAUGAAGGCGGUGUAUCUUCAGUGUAUUUAUGGGAUUUAGAGCAUGGCUUUGCAGCGGUAGUGUUGAUUAAAAAAGCCGGUGAUGGUAAUAAGAAAAUACGUGGCUGUUGGGACUCCAUACACGUAGUAGAAGUGCAAGAGAAACCAACGGGGCGAACGGCACACUAUAAACUCACCUCCACAGCAAUGUUGUGGCUACAAACAAACAAACAAGGUUCUGGCACAAUGAAUCUGGGUGGCUCCUUGACACGUCAAACGGAGCAGGAUACCAAUGUGAGCGAAUCGUCACCGCAUAUUGUAAACAUUGGUAAAAUGGUCGAAGAGAUGGAGAAUAAAAUUCGUAAUACGCUUAAUGAAAUCUAUUUCGGUAAGACGAAAGAUAUUAUAAAUGGCUUACGCAGCGUACAACCGUUAGCCGAUCAACGACAGGAGGUCGCAAUGAAGCAGGACUUGGCUGCGGCGAUUCUAAAACGUAAUGUCAAGCCAGAAUCGAACUGAAGAGUGCAUGUGCGCUGUUGAAGGGAGAGUAUGACGGCGUUGACAGUGUGUGUGUGCGCAAUAACAAGGAGUAAGAAUGACAGACAAGGGAAUGAUUAAACAUACGGCAAAUCGUUGUAGUUGCGGAAGUGUACUUUUGGCAAGCAAACACUGUCUGCAUAAAAACCACAUAGAUGCAAUUCUUUUAAUUAAAACAAAAUAAUAUUAAUGAUAAUAAAUAAAUACAAACAAACAAACAAAUAACGAAUAAAAACCAAAAUUUAUGCAAUUACAUACAAAUUCCACAAAAAUUCAAUCAAAAUAAUUUUUGAAUGCCUAAAAUGAAAUAAAGAAAUUGAGGGAGCAGUGUGAAUGCGCACGCAAGUUUAACGCUUAACUUGAAAGCUAUUGACACCCACUUGCGCUUGUUAAAUGGCGAAAAAAUUACAAAAACAAAAUUCGAAAAUUUCUUUUCUAUGACGAAAUUUAUAUGUAUGUUAUUUCCAUAUGUUCCAUGCAUUUAUCUAUGUACGAAUAUAGGGGUGUCUAUGUGUAUAUCAGCCGAUAUAAAUAUAUCCACAAAUGUUUAGAAUCAAACUUUUAAAGUGCGUCAUCAAUUAAUUUGCGUGCGCAUACUGUUAAAUAAUGCUAAUAACAAUUAUUAUGAUAAAUUAUCGCAUCGAAAUAUAAUUGACAAAGGCAUACCAAUCAAUAACACAUAAACUAAAGCAUUUGCAUUAUUGUUCAGUAGUGGUGAUUUUUAGUAAAACAAUUUAAAUGUAGCAAUUGUUAAACUUGUUGAAAUAAUUUGAAGACAAAAAGGAAAAAUACAAAAAAAGAGCAUAACUGACAUAUUGAAAUACAAUGUGUAUGUAUGAAGAAGGUAAUGGUGGACGGGCAGUUUUAGUAGUCGCGCUAUAUACGUGUAUGCAAUUAUUUAGGGGGUAUGCAAGUAAUGUACUCGUAUCUGCACUACCUAAUAAAAAUAAUACUAAUUUAUUGAUGUAGAAAUGUUUGUCCCAACAAAAAAAAAAAAAAAUUGUUGUAAAGCGCCACAGUUCGAUUAUCGUUUAAAUUGCAAACAAAAACAACAACGUACCUUUUUGUCAAUUGUUUGUACUCUCCCCCCGCCUCCCACUACUCGCGUGUAUGCCUAUUUUGUAUUGUUUACUUCUCUUUUUCAUUUACUUUCUAUUUUAUUUUAAUCACUUCUGCCUUCGCUGUCAAUGCUGGUAAAUAGCAUACAAACAUACAUAUUUAAUAUUUAAGUAACAGCGAAUGUAUUUAGAAUUUAAGUACAUAUGUAUGUAUGUACGUUAAUUCACAACUGAUUUCUAAAUAACUUUAAAUAAUAAAUCAACAUAUUUACAUGCAUAGACUUAAAAGCUAAAAUGUAUAUGUAUGUAUAAUUCAAAUAACGAAAAAAUUUAUUUUUGUGUAUUAACAAACAAUAAGUUUACGCAUUAGCUGCAAUAAAAAUAAACUUUUUCUAUUAUUAUAAAUAUAUGUAUGUAUUAAUUACUAUUUACUUAUUGAGCUUACACACAAACAUAAAUAAACACAUUUAAAUAUACAUACUACUCCAUACUCUGGUUUAUUCAACAUUUGUAUUAAUAACGAAAAUAAAACAAAAACUACAACAAAAA